GCGCUCGGGAGGGAUUCCCUAGGGUCUCACUGGGCCUCUGUGGGGGCAGCUGACACAGCGAUGCAGGGGGGAAGGAGGUCAGGCACAGGAGGAGCAUGUGCAAGACUGAAACAAAGCAGGGGGCGGGGGAAGGCCGGGCAGGACUCGGCGUUUUAGUUCAUCAGGAAACCUCGGGACAGAAACAAGGGAGGGCAUCUGGUACCACACGUCACGUGUCCGCUCUCCCUGGGGACUGCAGGGCGGCUCUGACAUGGCGUGUUGGCUGCGGAAACAGCAGUAUUGUCCCCCGAAGUCCCAGGUGGGGGGUGCUCCUUCUGGUCCUGUAUGCGGGCGGCUGUUCCUCGCGCUCACGGGGCCUUCUGCGGGCUCCUUUCCCAGUAGCGCCCGCUGCGCUCGGGUCCCUCAGGGAGUGGUGGUGCUGGCUGUGACGUGCUGUGCACAGGAGCAUGACAUCUGCACCUCUCUCUUCAGACCUGCACCCCACAGACAGCGCUCGGGAAGAGAGUCCCUCCGCGGGUGCAGGCACGAGACUGGAGUGGCGCCUGGGCGGGGAGUCCUCAGCGGGAGGAGCCGCACACCUGGGCCCCAGGAGCUGGCUUCCGGGGAAGGCUCCGGCGGAUGUGCAGGAGGCGGGAUGUCACACUGACCCUUCCCGGGGAGCCUGCGGGGGCCCGAGACCAGCACGCAGCCUCUCGGCCUCGGCGGCGAGGGACACUGUGCACCGCCGUCUCUGCGUGAGAAGUGCGAGGCCGUCCACACGAGGGAGCUUCCAGGGGCUUCCAAACGCCCGCCAAGGCCUGCAGCCGGAGCCCGUGGAAUGUUGACGCUCGGGACCCAAAAGGGAGCUCGGCGUUCAUGAGCCCAGGAUUCGCGCGGGCGUGCGUGUCGCUGCAUCGUCGGUAGAGACCGAGGGGACACUAUGCAGGAAGAAGCCUUCCUCAGGAAGGCAGGCAGGGCAGAGCUUAGGCCCACCUUGAACCCCCCGAGCAGAGCGAGCCUGAGAUAAGCCGCCAGCAUGGCCAAGUGCGAGGCUCAGCGACCUCGCGCCCUGUAACUGUAGUAGCCGCAGGAACUUUCUCCUCUGCGCCACGAUACCAAAUAGGAAACAUGAUCUACAAGUGCCCCAUGUGUAGGGAGUUUUUCUCUGAGAGAGCAGACCUUUUCAUGCAUCAGAAAGUCCACACGGCCGAGAAGCCCCAUAAGUGUGACAAGUGCGACAAGGGUUUCUUUCACAUAUCAGAGCUCCACAUUCACUGGAGAGACCACACAGGAGAGAAGGUCUAUAAAUGCGAUGAUUGCGGUAAGGAUUUCAGCACCACAACGAAACUUAACAGACAUAAGAAAAUCCACACAGUAGAAAAGCCCUAUAAAUGUUAUGAGUGUGGCAAAGCCUUCAAUUGGAGCUCACACCUUCAGAUUCACAUGAGAGUUCAUACAGGCGAGAAACCCUAUGUCUGCAGCGAGUGUGGGAGGGGCUUUAGUAAUAGCUCAAACCUGUGCAUGCAUCAGAGAGUCCACACCGGAGAGAAACCCUUCAAAUGCGAAGAGUGUGGGAAGGCCUUCCGGCACACUUCCAGCCUCUGCAUGCAUCAAAGGGUUCACACGGGGGAGAAGCCCUAUAAAUGUUACGAGUGUGGGAAGGCCUUCAGCCAGAGCUCUAGCCUCUGCAUUCACCAGAGAGUGCACACUGGGGAGAAGCCCUACAGGUGCUGUGGGUGUGGGAAGGCCUUCAGCCAGAGCUCCAGCCUCUGCAUCCACCAGAGAGUGCACACUGGGGAGAAGCCUUUUAAAUGCGAUGAGUGUGGGAAGGCCUUCAGCCAGAGCACCAGCCUCUGCAUCCACCAGAGAGUGCACACAAAGGAGAGAAACCAUCUCAAAAUAUCAGUUAUAUAGAGCGUUUUGCUAAGAGUUAAAAAUCUUAAAACCCAUAAGUGCCACUAGGAAGGAAACCCUAUGAAUACCUGCAUUGACCCAAGAAAUUGCUCCUGGAAGCCCCGGCAGAACGUUCUUUUUGAGGAGGUAUAGGUGAGGCGGUUUGUUUUUAAUUCCUACCAAGUGUGUUCCACAACUUGAUGUCCCUCCGGGCGUCUGCCCAGGAUGGGUUGUGAGGUCCCGGCCAUCUCCCAUUCACGGAAUGCGGGGGGGUGUUUCCUGGGCUUCCGGCCCGAUGCCUCUCUAGUUGAGUGCUACACGGGAAACCAUGAUCAUCACCCAGCCUCCCGCGUCACCUCCACGGACGCUUCACCCACCAGCGAGUGUCCGGGUACCCCUGUCAGGAGCUCAGGACCCCCUUCUCUGGAUCAGCGUGUCAGUCAGUGCUUUGAAAGGGACCGCUCCCCGAGGCAGUGCUCUGGAAUUUCUCCAUAGAUCCCAUUGUCUGUCGCCCCACUUCCCUGCGUGUCCUCAAAGUCCUUUCCCAGAAGCACCACCCUUCCUAGAUGGCAUCCGAUCUCACUAGGUUUCAGGCGGCUCGGGCGCCACUCGCGCGGCCCAUCAGGAGUCAUUGGCAGGCGCACGCUCCCUUAAACAUUUUUUUUUUAAU